AUGACAGAAUCUGGAACUGAUUGCAUGUCCAAGCUGCCAGAGCAUGUCCAUACCACCGAUGGCAAGGGUGAGCAUAAUGAUUCUCCCCGUAGCCGUGAGCUGAAUGAGCUGCCUCGACAAUUUUCACUCUUUUCCACUCUUGCAUUUGGAUUCAGCAUGACGAACUCCUGGCUCGGUUACUCUGCUACUUUCAUUACACCACUACUGUUGGGUGGGAGCCCUACCGUAUUUUUUGGUCUAAUUGCUGCCUCAAUCGCAUGUUGCUUCAUCACGGCCGGCUUGGCUGAGCUUGCGUCAGCGUACCCCUCCAGCGCCGGACAGUAUCAUUUUGUCUAUAUGGUCACACCUCCAAAGUAUCGUGCUCUGGUGGCUUUUAUCCUUGGAUGGUUGAGUGUAGUGGCUUGGGCUCUCACCAGUGCCUCUACUGCCCUGGUCUGUGCUCAAAUGGCUGUAAAUCUGGCAGGAAUUUACCACGCGGACUUUAUUGUAGAAGCUUGGCAAACAUGGAUGAUCUACUUUUUGUUGGUCUUGAUUGCAACAGUGAUUGUCUGUUACCUGCCGACAGCGCUUCCUCAAGGGGAAAUGGUGAUGUUUGUCAGCAGCUUUCUGGGAUUUAUCGUCAGCUUUGUCACUGUUUUGGCCAUGCGGAAUGGAAAUGUGCAGUCUGCUAAAGCAGUGUUUGUCGACUAUCAGAACACCAGUGGUUGGAGUGACGGCACCUCCUUCAUCAUCGGGCUUGGGACCUGCAUGUAUGCGUAUUUGGCCAUUGAUGGAGCGUGUCAUAUUGCAGAGGAACUUCCUAAUCCCAAACGCGAUGUCCCUCGAGCUAUGGGGCUUACCAUGCUAAUUGGAAUCUUGACCGUCAUCCCUUGGACAGUUGCAUUCCUUUUCUCCAUUACAGAUACAGACGCUGUUGCCUCCUCCUCGAUUCCAGUGUAUACCAUCUAUCUGCAAGCAACACGAAGUCAACCUGCUGCUACAGUUCUCACAGUGUGGAUUCUCUUUGUCUAUUUCGGUGCCUUGGUCUCAUGCAUCGUGACGACUGGACGACUCGCAUAUGCGUUUGCUCGCGAUGGAGGCCUUCCGUGCUCCGGGUUCUUCGUCAAAAUUCAUCCCAAAUUUCAAUCCCCCAUCAACGCAACGAUGGCUUGUGCUGCCGUCAUAAUACUUUACGGAUUAAUCUAUAUCGGAUCAGCAGCGGCUUUCAACAGCUUUAUAUCUAUGUCAAUUCUAUCACUCAACUUGACCUACGCUUUACCUCAGGCAAUUCUUUUGAUCCGAGGCCGAGAACGAGUCCUUCCAAAACGACCCUUCAACCUGGGUCGACACCUUGGGCCAAUCUGCAACGCAUUCUCAAUUCUCUGGGUCCUUUUCAUUACCAUUAUCUUUUGCUUUCCUACAUCCAUUCCGACCACAGUCGCCAGUAUGAACUAUGUCAGUGUGAUCAUAGUGGGGAUCUCAUUUUUGAUCCUCAUUUCUUGGUGGGGAGGCAAAAGAAAGACAUUCUCCGGACCAGUAAGGCUUCCUUGA